AUGGAAGAGUUCUUUCGAGUCCUGCCGGGAACCGCCAAUGACCUCGGCGCGCUCAAGGUCGUGGGGCUCCUGGCCGAGAAGGAGAACGCGGCGGUGGCUCGUCGACUACAGUUGAUUGGAUUGCGUCCUCUCGAGGAGGAAGAGGUGCUCCGGCUGGUGGAGUUCGCUAUUCAGCGACCCCUCCGAGAGCCUUCAGCCAGCCAGAUCAUCACCGGGAUUCCGCUUGAGUUUCUACGUUCUUCGUCAUCGGCCACCUUCUGGAACAGUUCGACGCGCUUCGUCGACCUUGAGGGCGCGAGUCUGGCCCUCCAAAUGACCGUUAAUAGUGUCCACCCAUAA